AUGACGAUCCAGAAAGUUCACGGUCGCGAAGUCCUUGACUCUCGUGGUAACCCCACAGUGGAGGUUGAAGUGACGACAGAGAGGGGUGUGUUCCGGUCAGCUGUGCCGUCUGGUGCAUCGACCGGUGUGUAUGAGGCCUGCGAACUGCGCGACGGGGACAAGAAGCGCUACGUCGGGAAGGGUUGCCUACAGGCAGUAAAGAAUGUAAAUGAGGUAAUUGGCCCUGCGCUUAUCGGCAGGGACGAGCUUAAGCAAGAAGAAUUGGACACACUGAUGCUUCGGCUCGACGGCACUCCCAACAAGGGUAAGCUCGGUGCCAACGCUAUCCUCGGAUGCUCGAUGGCCAUCAGCAAAGCCGCUGCUGCGGCGAAAGGUGUUCCCCUCUACCGCUACCUCGCCUCCCUCGCCGGUACGAAGGAACUGCGCCUUCCUGUUCCUUGCUUCAACGUGAUCAACGGUGGCAAGCACGCCGGAAACGCCUUACCCUUCCAGGAGUUCAUGAUCGCCCCGGUGAAGGCCACCUCGUUUAGCGAGGCGCUGCGUAUGGGUUCUGAGGUGUACCACUCCCUCAGAGGCAUCAUCAAGAAGAAGUACGGUCAGGAUGCUGUGAACGUUGGUGAUGAGGGCGGGUUUGCCCCACCGAUCAAAGACAUUAAUGAGCCGCUUCCUAUCCUCAUGGAGGCCAUUGAGGAGGCUGGUCACAGGGGUAAGUUCGCCAUCUGCAUGGACUGCGCUGCCAGUGAAACCUAUGACGAAAAGAAGCAACAAUAUAAUUUAACCUUCAAGAGCCCCGAACCCACUUGGGUAACGGCAGAGCAGUUGCGCGAAACGUACUGCAAAUGGGCGCACGACUACCCAAUUGUCAGUAUUGAAGACCCUUACGAUCAAGACGACUUCGCUGGUUUCGCUGGCAUCACUGAGGCUCUGAAGGGCAAAACUCAAAUUGUCGGCGACGACCUCACUGUCACCAACACCGAACGCAUCAAGAUGGCCAUCGAAAAGAAGGCCUGCAACUCUCUUCUACUGAAAAUCAACCAAAUCGGUACCAUCAGCGAGGCAAUCGCAUCAUCGAAGUUGUGCAUGGAGAAUGGCUGGUCAGUGAUGGUCUCUCACCGCAGUGGUGAGACAGAGGACACGUACAUCGCGGACCUUGUUGUUGCUCUUGGUUCUGGUCAAAUUAAAACUGGUGCACCGUGCCGCGGCGAGCGGACAGCAAAACUCAACCAGCUGCUGCGCAUUGAAGAGGAACUUGGUGCCCAUGCUAAAUUUGGCUUUCCCGGUUGGUCGUAA